AUGAUUAUCCCCAUUCGUUGCUUCUCGUGCGGAAAGGUUGUUGCAGAUCUUUGGGAACGCUACCUCCAGCUUCUGGAGGAGAAUGUUACUGAAGGUGAUGCUAUGGACCAGCUCGGCUGCAAACGCUACUGCUGCCGUAGAAUGAUCAUGACACACGUCGACUUGAUCGAGAAGCUCCUACGAUACAACCCCCAGGAACGUAACCGCGCCCGGUAG